CUGGUACAGGCUCCGAAGCAGAUUUUGCACAAUAUAGCCUCGCUACUUUGGAACGGCUAGCGUUGGAUUGCGAGAACACGGCCAACGAAGUACAAAGAAGGGUUGGAAUGCUGGGGGCCUCGAAGCUGGAUUUCAAUUCCAAACCAAUGUUACUCAUGAUGCAAUUCUUGGGACGAUCGACUAUGGAGAAAUCGCGACGCAUACUUCUGCGUACCUCCUAG